AUGAGGCGCUUGGGUUCCGUGCAGCAGAAAGUGCCGGGCAUGUUUGUGACGGAGAAGGAGGAGCCCUCAGCCAAGAGGGAGCGUCAGCCAUUUAAAGUUUUGGCAACUGAGACUGUCAGUCCCAAGGCAUUAGAUGCAGACAUAUACAGUGCAAUUCCAACAGAAAAAGUGGAUGGAACAUGUUGUUAUGUUACUACCUACAAAGGUCAGCCAUAUCUUUGGGCUCGACUGGAUAGAAAACCCAACAAGCAAGCUGAAAAAAGAUUUAAAAAUUUUCUACAUUCAAAAGAAAACUCAAAAGAAUUUUUUUGGAAUGUUGAGGAAGACUUCAGACCUGUUCCAGAGUGCUGGAUACCAGCAAAGGAAAUAGAACAAUUAAAUGGGAAUCCAGUGCCUGAUGAAAAUGGACACAUCCCUGGUUGGGUACCAGUAGAGAAAAAUAACAAACAGUAUUGCUGGCAUUCCUCUGUCAUUAAUUAUGAAUUUGAAAUUGCCCUGGUGCUAAAGCAUCAUCCUGAUGAUCCUGGAGUUUUGGAAAUUAGUGCAGUGCCACUGUCAGAUCUCUUAGAACAGACCCUGGAGCUCAUAGGAACAAAUAUCAAUGGAAAUCCAUAUGGGUUAGGAAGCAAGAAGCAUCCAUUACAUUUUCUUAUACCACAUGGAGCAUUUCAAAUAAGAACUCUGCCUACAUUGAAGCACAAUGAUCUCUUGUCCUGGUUUGAAGGUUGCAGAGAGGGUAAAAUUGAAGGAAUAGUCUGGCAUUGCAGUGAUGGCUGUUUAAUUAAGGUCCAUCGCCAUCAUCUUGGUUUAUGCUGGCCAAUUCCAGAUACUUAUAUGAAUUCAAAACCCGUUAUUAUCAACAUGAACUUGAACAAAUAUGACUAUGUCUUUGAUACUAAGUGUUUGUUUAAUCAUUUUUUAAAAAUAGAUAAUCAGAAAUUUGGUAGGCUCAAAGACAUAAAGCUUGAUGUAUAAACUGCAAAUAUAAUUGUAAUUAGUUCUAUUAUUGUUAUAUUGUAACUUUGAAUAUUCUGCCAUGUUUAAAAAUAUCUCAAAGUUUCUAUUGUUCACUAUGAGAUAUAUCAAUAUGUCUUCUACCAUUUGAAGAAAUAAAUUUUUCUGUUUCAAAUA